GAUCACAAAACCAAACACAGAGCUUCAGGAUAAAAAGAGAGAGAGCGGAGAUGUUCAUCGAGAGCUUUAAGGUAGAGAGCCCGAACGUGAAGUACACAGAGAAUGAGAUCCAUUCCGUGUACGGUUACGAAACCACAGAGGUUGUCCACGAGAACCGUAACGGUUCUUACCAAUGGAUCGUCAAGCCCAAAACCGUCAAAUACGAUUUCAAAACAGACACCCGUGUCCCCAAACUAGGGGUUAUGCUUGUUGGUUGGGGAGGAAACAACGGAUCAACUCUAACCGCUGGUGUGAUCGCUAACAAAGAAGGGAUCUCGUGGGCGACUAAAGACGGAGUGCAACAAGCGAACUACUUUGGCUCGCUCACUCAAGCGUCUUCAAUUCGGGUCGGGUCUUACAACGGCGAAGAGAUCUACGCUCCUUUCAAGAGUCUUCUCCCGAUGGUGAAUCCUGACGAGGUUGUGUUUGGUGGUUGGGACAUAAGCGACAUGAACUUAGCUGACGCUAUGGCUAGAGCCAGAGUCCUCGACAUUGAUCUCCAGAAACAGCUCAGACCUUACAUGGAGCGCAUGGUCCCGCUCCCUGGUGUCUACGACCCUGACUUCAUCGCUGCGAAUCAAGGGUCACGUGCUAAUAGCGUGAUCAAAGGUACGAAGAAAGAACAAGUUGAUCACAUCAUCAAGGACAUGAGGGAGUUUAAGGAGAAGAACAAAGUGGAUAAUGUAGUUGUGUUAUGGACAGCCAACACGGAGCGUUACAGCGAUGUGGUUGUAGGGCUUAAUGACACGAUGGAGAAUCUAUUGGCUUCUGUUGAGAAGAACGAGUCUGAGAUCUCGCCUUCUACGCUUUAUGCUAUCGCUUGCGUUCUUGAAGGCAUCCCUUUCAUCAACGGGAGUCCUCAGAAUACUUUUGUCCCGGGGCUUAUAGAGCUUGCGGUAUCGAGGAACUGCUUGAUUGGUGGGGAUGACUUCAAGAGUGGUCAGACUAAGAUGAAAUCUGUUUUGGUAGAUUUUCUUGUUGGAGCUGGUAUCAAGCCUACUUCGAUUGUGAGCUAUAAUCACUUGGGAAACAACGACGGGAUGAACCUCUCAGCGCCGCAGACUUUCAGAUCUAAGGAGAUUUCAAAGAGUAAUGUUGUUGAUGACAUGGUGGCUAGUAAUGGCAUCCUCUUUGAGCCUGGUGAACAUCCUGACCACGUCGUUGUCAUCAAGUAUGUACCAUAUGUUGCGGAUAGUAAGAGAGCCAUGGAUGAGUACACCUCUGAGAUAUUCAUGGGAGGGAAGAAUACGAUUGUUAUGCAUAACACCUGUGAGGAUUCUCUUUUGGCUGCUCCAAUCAUCUUGGAUCUUGUUCUUCUCGCCGAACUCAGCACCAGAAUCCAAUUCAAAGCCGAAGGGGAGGGGAAGUUCCACUCUUUCCACCCAGUAGCAACAAUACUCAGUUACCUCACAAAGGCACCUCUAGUACCGCCUGGGACACCGGUGGUAAACGCUCUGUCGAAGCAGAGGGCUAUGCUGGAGAACAUUCUUAGGGCCUGCGUUGGGCUUGCGCCAGAGAACAACAUGAUCUUGGAGUACAAGUGAAGGUCAGGGAGGACGAAGAGUUUUAGGAUAUGAGACUUUUUAUGAAUGCUCCAUUGUCUUUGCUUAUGUGAAGUGUGGGAGAAGAUGGAGAUGGUUAUGGGUAAUUUGUGUGAUAAUGAUCUGGGAAGGUUAGCUAAGCUUUUGGAUCAAAUGUGUAAUAGACUUAAAGAGUAACUAUGUUUAUGCCUCCUUGUGUUAUAUAUCAAACUUUCUCUAUUUUUAUUUA